GCAGAGUUGUGCUUCAAUUAAUACGGAUUAGCUGCCGCCAAAGUACAUUAAUUCGGAUUAGAGAUCCAGGACCUUCAUCUCAUGUUGCGCCGGGAGGCCCGCCAGCGGCGGGAAUAUCUUUUCCGCAAAGCCCAAGAGGAAAAACUGCGGGCUGUGGAGGAGAAGAAGGAAAAAAUCAAGAAAGCAUUAGAUGAGAAUUGCCUCAUCCCCACGGAACUGCGUAGAGAAGCCCUUCGGCUGCAGAAGUCGAUUGAGUUUGAUGACGGGGGCUCGGAAGGGGUGACAACGCACGUGGACGAUGAGUACCGCUGGGCAGGCGUGGAAGACCCUCGCAUCAUGGUCACCACCUCGCGCGACCCCAGCUCCCGUCUCAAGAUGUUUGCAAAGGAACUCAAGCUGGUCUUUCCUGGGGCCCAGCGCAUGAAUCGAGGCCGGCACGAGGUGGGUGCCCUUGUCCGCGCCUGCAAGGCCAAUGGAGUUACUGAUCUGUUGGUGGUGCACGAGCACAGAGGGGUGCCGGAUGGGCUUAUAAUCAGCCACUUGCCCUUUGGCCCCACUGCCUACUUCACGCUCUGCAACGUGGUGAUGCGCCACGACAUCCCGGACAUCGGCACCAUGUCAGAGGCCCACCCCCACCUCAUUUUUCACAACCUCACCUCUCGGCUUGGGCAGCGGGUCACCAGUAUCCUCAAAUACCUUUUCCCGGUGCCUAAAGACGACAGCAAACGAGUCAUCACCUUCGCUAACCAAGAUGACUACAUCUCCUUUCGGCACCAUGUUUACAAGAAGACGGAUCACCGGAAUGUGGAGCUUACUGAGGUGGGGCCGAGGUUUGAAAUGAAAUUGUAUAUGAUCAAAUUGGGAACCUUGGAGCUGGAGAGCACAGCUGAUGUGGAAUGGCGCUGGCACCCGUACACCCACACGGCCAAGAAGCGGAAAUUCCUGAGCACAGAAUAGCGCCGGCCCUGAGCUCCCUUUCCCUUGGCUGAGCCAGGUCUCUUUGGUAAGCAGCUAUACUCUGGCUGCGUGUUGGAACCGAAGUGGGACCGAACAGUUGGCGACCAACUCACCCUGACCUUUCUAGGAUUGAAAAUCUCCGUGGUUCUUAUAACCAAUGGGCCCCAAUCUCUUCAUAGCCUUACACAGAAGAGCAUCCUUCUUUUUUUGUUUAAUGGGAUGCCUGCUAGAUAUCUGCUACCUUAAGGCUGUGCCUCCCCAAUCAGCUGUUGAAUUCAGCACUCAUAAACAGGACCACAUUGCAACCUGUUUGGAGCCUUUCCAAACCACCAGCCGGGAACAGGUAUCCAGGGUAGUGUCUGUACCAGAAUCUUCUUACAAGCCUCCCUUCAGACUCCUUAGAUGUGUUUCAACUUGAGCAAGGGCUGGAGGAGAUGCUCAAAGCAAUUUUGGAAAGGGUGAUACGAAACCGGGGCCAGUCCUGCCCUCCCCCAUGGAUGUUUGAUCAGGCAAGGCACUUUUGGGAUAACAAAAUGGGUUGCCGCCCCUCCUCGGCUCUGUUUCUUAGACAUAUCCCUCAUGUUUGUGGUCACGGGGAAUAUCUUUGGGGGGUGGGAAUCUGCUAGAAUGUGGAGCAAGUGGGAGUAGAUUGUAGAGAGUAGGGAGGGUUUGGGAGAGGGUAAGUUCUGAUGUAGAAAAAUGCAUACUACACAUUGGAGAGGGAAAAAGGUCUUUUCUGGGUGAUGUGAAAUGGCUCCUUUUUGAUAGGCAAGUCUGCCCAAGCCCUCUUUGUAAUAUAGGUCUGUGGGACUGGAUGACGCAGUGUGUUAAGGUGGUAUGAUAAAUGUUGAAAUAAAUAAAGACGGGCCCUUUCUUCAA